AUGUUUUUUCCGAUCGGAUGGCCACGGGUUCUGAAUACAAUAGACCCGGAGAAGAUAACUGCAAUUGUUUGCAACAGGGAUAAGAUACUUUUCGCUGUUUUGACGGCAGAUUCUCUCACCAUCUGGUAUUGCAAGCCGUGUGUACCCAUUGUAUUCAUCAGAAGAACUGCAGACUCUUUAAAAAAACAUGGAGACAAUAUUUUGGUGCAGUGGAGGCCAGAUUCCAGUAUGCUGGUUAUUGCGACAUUGGAUAGCUAUCUUCUGUUUUAUAGACUAUCAGAUUCCAGUCCAGAGGGAAGAGGUCUUUAUGAACAAAGAGACUCUCCAGUUACUAGUUUAAAAAGAGAUAGUGCAGAACUUUUUAUCAAGGAAGUUAUUCCUUCUUUGGUUUUGACAUUUGAGAAAUCGGCUUGGAUAGAUGGUGGUAUUAGUUCUUUAGUUUGUAUACGCGACGAGUUGAUGGUAGCUACAAAGACUAGUCACAUCAUACGUCAUAAAUGGGAUGGAACUGUGAAUCGAGAUUACUCCCUUGACUUAAGAAGAAUACCGUUUAGUGUGGAUCAACAAAUAUCUACUAUGGCUGUACCACUGACUGAGAACAAUGUUUAUGUUACCGAUAUAGAAUAUUCACCUUUAGUUGGUGGAUUUGCAAUUGUUCUUAACACCGGCAAAGCAGCAUUUCUCACAGCACAGUCUCUAAAAUUCGACCCUAAUCAAGUACAAGGAGUUUGGGCUAGAGAUGUCGAUGAUGCUACAUGUGCGGCUGUAAAUCAUAAAUAUCGACUUAUUGCAAUUGGAAGGCAAAAUUCUGAAGGUGUCGUUUAUUAUGUCGAUGAAACAACAGGAGGUUUAGAAAUGUCACAUACAUUAAGCUUAUCUUCGAAAGAUUAUCCAGGAAGACCUGGUCGCGUAAGAUGUUUAAGGUGGACUCCUGAUAGUUGCGCAAUUGCAUUAGCUUGGGAAGGUGGUGGCUUAGCAGUAUGGAGUACAUUCGGUGCUCUGUUACUUUGUAGUUUAAAGUGGGAUUAUGGUUUGAGAGUAGACCUAUCUCAUGAUAAUCCUUUGCAUAUUUACGUAAUGGAAUGGUCUGCAGAAGGUUAUCAGCUUUGGAUGCUGAGAGAAUCUCCAGGUCCGUCUGUAAUUGAGGAAAAUGGGAAUGGAGUACCUAAUUCCAAACGUUCUUUGAUACAGUUGGAUUUUGUAAAAAGCCCUUUAACGAUCAAUCCUUGCAUGGGCCAUCAUGGUCAUUUGUAUUUACAAGGUGAAGAUAGGCUCUAUUUAAACCUUGGUGGCGGAGUUUCUACAAAUACUUCAACUUUUCACAUUGGUAGUGAAAUUCCUAAUGAUUCUACAGUGCAAACACUUGCAGGUUGUAAACAAUGGCUGGUCGUUCCUAUCCCUAGUGCAUAUAGUGGUUCCAAUUGGCCAAUAAGAUAUACUGCUAUUGAUAACGAAGGCAUGAGUAUCGCUGUAGCUGGACGAACAGGGUUAGCUCAUUAUUCUUUACCUACACGUAAAUGGAAACUAUUUGGUAAUGAAACUCAGGAACGCGAUUUCAUCGUGACUGGAGGAUUACUGUGGCAUCGAGGCUUCUUGAUAGCUAGUAGUUAUUCGAUAUUGGACGAUAAAGAUGAAGUUAGAAUAUAUCCACGUGAUACACGUUUGGAUAAUAAUUAUGUUAGAACCGUUAGAAUGCCGUCGCAAGUGCUAUUGCUCAAUACCCUAAAGGACAGACUCUUAACAUUUUGUGCUAAUGGGCAGAUUAGUAUUUACGAUAUGGUACUAGAAAGCAAGAAUGAUGCAGGAAGUAUAGAAUUAACAAAGUUGCAAACAGUCGAUGUCAGCGGACUUUGCGUUCAUCCUGCUUGCGUUGUAAGUGCCACAUUAACUACUAUACGCGCAGAAACGGCCGGAAGUCAUCCUCAUCCUGAAAGUCUUUUGUUAAAUGUGUCUGGGCGUCUUCUGAUGGUUCAACGGGAACAUUCUACCGAUAAUCCAGAAGUUUUAUUUACAUGUAGUGCCCCAACCGUAUUGGCUUCUUAUGUAGAAAACGUUUGGGUACCAUGGAGAUCAAGGAGAGACAAGCCACACUUGACAGAAGCUCUGUGGCUAUUUUGUGGAGCUCACGGAAUGCGUGUCUGGCUUCCAUUGUUUCCUAGAAAUCACCAAGAAAAAGCACAUACAUUUAUGAGCAAGAGAAUAAUGUUACCAUUUCACUUACGUAUUUAUCCUUUGGCUAUACUUUUCGAGGAUGCUAUUUUGUUAGGAGCUGAAAAUGACACUGUACUUUUUACAUCUGAUACAAAUUCUCCAUUCUCUUUACCCUUCAGUUUGCUAGAACUUACAAGUCAAGUUUAUCUUCAUCAAAUAUUACGACAACUUAUUAAUCGUAAUUUGGGAUAUCAUGCAUGGGAGAUUGCUCGCUCAUGUUCUUCACUGCCAUAUUUCCCACAUUCGUUGGAGCUUCUUCUUCACGAGGUAUUAGAAGAAGAGGCGACUAGUAAAGAACCAAUACCAGAUGCCCAGUUACCUUCUGUAGUGGAAUUCAUCCGUGAAUUUCCAGGAGUAUGGGCUAGAGCAGUUGUUCAAUGCGCUAGAAAGACUGAAAUAGCACUCUGGCCUUAUUUAUUCUCUGUUGCUGGACCACCGAAGAAACUAUUGCAAGAUUGUUUGCAGCGUCAACAACUCGAUACUGCUGCUAGCUACUUAAUAAUUUUACAGAACUUAGAACCUUCUACUGUUAGUCGACAACAUGCCACUUUAUUAUUGGAUGCAGCGUUAGAGCAAGGACGAUGGGAGCUUUCAAAAGAUCUCGUUCGUUUUCUCAGAGCCAUUGAUCCGAAUGAUGUCGAAUCGCCACGGACGUCUUGGGGCGGUACAUCAAAAUUAGGAGGACCCCCACAAACACCACCUCUUUCACCUCAUGAAGAUGAUUUAUCCUUGGUAUUAGGGACCAUGCAAGUUUCAAGAAGUCGAAGUUACAGUACCACAGCAACUCCUAAAGUACAACUCGAAUCGGUCGCAAAAGAUAUAACGCCUCCUUCGAUGUUAGAAAAAACUAGAAAUGUAGUUAUGAGACGGAAAAAGUCUGUGCCUACAAAUACUUCUAAGACCGAAAAAACCGAUAACAAAGAGGGAUCGGCUGAAGAGUUCUUUAUUGACGUAAUACUACAGCGUCAUGCCCGUCGAUUACUUUCGGCAAAACGACUCGCAGAUUUAGGUAGAUUUGCUGCACGACUGGACUUCCAUUUAGUUACAUGGUUCGGUAGAGAACGUGAUAGAGCAGCGAAAAUCGACGAUUACGUGGCAACACUGAAGGCAGUCCAUGAGGAUUUUGCGUUUGCUUACCCUGUAUUAUCUCUUCCAACUUUGCAAAAGUUUCGAAGAUCUAGUCUUACGUCCCUACGCUCGAUAAGAUCAGUCAGUUUAGAAAGUCCAGAAGAUGAACUACUGAACUCGAGCUUCCCGAUCGAUUUACCUGACAGUGGUUAUACUAGUUUACCAAGUGGACGACCACCUUACACAAGCUUGAUUUCUCCUGUUGCCAGUUUAGAAACACAAUUUCCUGCCGCUGAAACAAAAUUGACAGCAAAUAUGCUGCAGGAUGCCAACAGUCUUCUUAGUGACAGUAGCACAAUUUGGAGAGACGACACCGAAUCCAUAGUUGGGACUGGAGUUGGAACAGUGUGCUGGGUUUCGCCGGAACCAGUAGAGCAAACUGAAGUCCAUAACACUUCUCCUUGUGCUCCGAUAAGUCGAGCAGAAGUACAACUUAGAUACCUGUUACAAUUAUUUCUUGAAGGUGGUUGCUUAGGAUGGGCUGCGGUAUUAGCAACAGUUUUGCGGGACGCACCUGCUAUGGCUAGAACUAUUAGGGCAGCUCACGCCCCUAUGCAAACUUUUGAUUCUGUAAUUAAUUUAAGAGAUGGUCUUCUUAUUUUAACCAAAUGGUCACACUCAGAAUGUUUGGGCUAUAGACCGUUUAUGUCGAGCAUCCAGGUUCAGAUUUCUUUGAUGAACAGAUUAGUUGUAAUUAAACAGCAACACGAACAAGAGCAAAUCCCGGAAAGUCCGUCUCCUAGUCCAGCACCGUCUGCUGGUAGUAACCAACGAGGAAACUUAUCUCGAUCACGACAUUCGUCUAUUAGCCAUGCUUCAACAACUGCCCCUUUAGAGGAAGAGCGAUCUCACGAGUUAUCAUUAAAUGUCGACGAAGUGGCUUUUCGAAAUAGUUACAGCAAUCUGAAUAAUGUGGAAAAUAAUUCUUCUCAGACUACCUGUAUAAUCUCUUAAAGCAAUGCUAUCUUCUCAAAAUACAGAUAUGUUGUUUGUACUACAAUCUAAUAUUAAUAGGUAAGUAGAAAAAUUUCAUUUAA